CGGAGAUUUAAUUUUUUUGCGGAUGCCGUCCCGUCCCACUUCAAGAAUCAAAAUACUACGUUGGCGGCCUGCUUGAUUUCGAAGUUUUUUAUUUGAAUUUGACUCGUUCUUAGCUUAGCUUCUUGAAUAUUUUUUUAAUAUCUACCCAACAUAUCCGCCAUAAUGUUACCUUUCAAUCUAGUCCCAGACAAACAUCUUCUUUUGCCCGACUUUGAUGGAUACAAGUUGUCUAAUUCGUCUGGAAUUGUUACAUCGUAUGCCAAGUCGCUGCUAGAAGGUUUGUGUCCAAAAAGCAGCAAAGAGGAGUACACAAGUUACUUGAAAACAAGGUUGGAUGCACUGCACAACUGCCUCUUCACUGACACUCCUGACAUCAACAAAGACUCAUCAGACGGCUCAAGUUGCACCAUUUAUUGCUUCAACAAAAAAGGGCAUCUUCUUGCUUUUGACUGGUCUCCUGUGACCCAUUUAGAUGCUGGCAGAGUAGUAUGGCAAGCAGAUUUGUCACAAGAUGCUCCAUCCACUCCUAAGCUACAACUCAAGGCACCUCAUUUACCUAUUGCAGGUGCAGAAAACAGUGAUGCCACUCAAGAUGGAACUGUCAUCAAUUUGUUUGGAACUUUACAGCCAACUCUUAAAUUUGCAAGCAGCAAUUUGGCUGUUAUGGCCGAUGGUCGCAGCAAAGUGUUUGUGUUGAACACCGGAGACCGAACUCCACAGUCUCCCCACACUUGGCAUACUGUUCAUGAGCUGACUCUGGGUGCAUGUGAGGUUCACGAUGCGCGCGUUGUUGACAAGCCUGGCAGCAGUGACCAGGAGGUGCACGUGCUACUGGUGGCCGUGGUACCUCCCUCGGCACUGCCUGUUGACCCACCUCCUGCUCUGAGUGCUGUCCCAUCCCUGCACCUGGUCACAUGGCUCACCUUGACGUCUUCUAACAAUGGCGAGUAUCACGUGACUCAGGAGCGCCUGUACUGCGGCUCGUCAGCGCUCCAGUACUGCCAGUUCGACCCUGCGUGCUCAGCCGUAGUGCUCCUCACACACCAACUCUACUGCGCUGUAUACAACUCGUCUGGACCUUUGACUCUUUCUGAACCUGUGGGCACCAAGAAAGAACCUCUCUUUAUGUUCAUGCAGACUGAAGAUGACGUGACUGUGCAAAUUAGUGCCCCGGAAUGUUCGUCAAGCAGUUCGAUGUCCAUAUCUGUCACCCGGCUGGACCUGAGCAUCGCACGUCGGGAUGACGCUCGUGCCAUCUUGCAGGGGAACUUCUUGCAUCCCGUGCUCCCCGACACUGCCACCUGGACUGUCGAUAAGGGGCGUGUUGAAGUGACCGUGUGCAAAGCCACCCCAGGGACCAAGUGGACGCGCGUGUUUCAGGACGAGCAGCUCGUGGGCGAAGAACUUCUCCCUGACGAAGACAACAACGACCGCCUGGCGCACCUCACCUCAGAUACUUGGGGGGGCGGUUGCGACGCAGAAGACAAGCCUUCAUUCAACCCAGGGCAGUUGGAGUCGUGUGAUGACGCAGACACAGACCUCGUGCUGCAGGUACUGGAGGCUGGCGACUCUAGUGCAAGUCCUGAGAAUUCUCCUAGGGCGCUGCUGGGCAACACACAGUAUUUGGCUACACUGCAGUCGUGUAGCGGGAGUCCGGCUCAGUUCUGCCUGCGCCACGACGUCGACGGGCUCGUCUGGCGCACGAACGACCAGCGCAGCUCCGAACGCUUCUCCCACACCGCCACCUUCAACGCAUUCGGCUAUGUCAAGGCCAGCAAGACUAUGGCCAAGUACACCUCUGCUCCUCAUGACUGCAGCUACGUGUGCGUGUGCGACGUACGCAGUCACGUGUACGUGUUCUGCCAGCCACUACCGCUUGGCGGGGAGCUCAAGAACCGACGCACUGGGCGCGUUACCAGCAAAGUAGCCCGGCAGUUCCUGCUGUCGCUGCCCUCACACGACGAGAUCCAGGGGCUCGUUACCCUCCCCGGGCUAGUGGUCGUCUGCACUCGUGAACAAAUUUUCGCCUACGCUUUGGCUCUGCACGAAAAAUAAUAUAAAUUCAGUUUACUGUGUUUGGUCGUCACAUGAGGAAUAAAUGACUGAUGUCCACAAUAUACCGGAGAAUUGAAUUGCUUUACUUACUAAGCACACGUAUAAUACAUGUUAUAAUUACA